AUGGACUACCUCACAACCGCCCUCAGUAAAGCCCUCUCCUCCCUACACCAACUCCAACAAGCCACCACCGCCCGCAUUACCACCACCAACACCACCUCCCCCAUCAACAUCUACAACCAAAGCCCUCGACCUCCUCAACGACCUCUCCGAACUCAUCAACGAGGUCUAUUCCAGGGCCUGGAAUUCUACUAG